GGAAAAAAACAUACCAACUGAGGGGCACGGUGGGCAGGGGACACGGCCUGCCCAGGAGCAGAGAGAGCCCUUGUCAAACAGCAGCAGUAGUGCCAGUACCACAGACACCUCCAUUGGACAGGUAAAAGUGCCAAUCCCAAGGACCCAGCAGCGAUCCAAGAACAAUCUGCAGUUUUUCUGAUGUGCACCAUCCAGACAGGUGGGUAUUUUUUAGGGAAAGGUGAGAAGAAAUAAAGACAUUCUCUCCUGCUUCAAUUUCCACCCUGAUCCCUCAACCCGGCUUCCCCUCAGCCCUGCUCUAGAGGCAGAAGAGACACACUCGCACUGAGCAGGGGGAGAGGUGUGAAGGCAUAUCACUCCUGUUCUUUGUCGUAUUUAGGGCCUCUGGACCCAAGGACACUGAGACCUUGGGCCUGAACCAGGAGAGAGCACACCUGAACUAAUUUAACGUUGUGCAUCCACUUCCACAAAAACAUGAGAUAAAAUAACUGGCUAUAAGGGUGGUAUGGAAUUAAAGCUGAGACCAUGCCAGGUGUGUGUUACCAGACACUUAGCAAUCUGAGGACCAGCCUGAGGUGAGCUGUUAUAUGCUGCCAUGGGUCCCAGAGGAAGAGGGUUGCAGGCAGGAUGAGCCCCCAGGCCAGUGGCCCUUCAGCUGAGAAACAGGUUUCUUCCCUGUGCACAUUUUCUCCCAAUUCUUCCACUUUUGCCCCAAGCUCCAAUAAAUGGCCCUCUAAGAACAUCCACUUUUUGGUGAGCUAAAUGGAAAAUAAGGUUUAAUACUGACGAAGGGGCACCUGGGUGGCUCAGUGAUUGAGCGCCUGCCUUUGGCUUGGGGUGUGAUCCCGGGAUCAAGUCCCACAUCGGGCUCCUUGCAUGGAGCCUGCUUCUCCUCCCUCUGCCUGUGUCUCUGCCUCUCUCUGUGUGUCUCUCAUGAAUAAAUAAAUAAAAUUUAAAAAAUAUAUACUGAUAAAAUACAUGAAAAUCCAGAGUGAUAGGAGCACGAUUUUCUAUGAAAGUAUUCACGUAAGAUACAUGCAAUUGCAGGGUCCCCGAGUAUAUGUCAAGUGUUUCAUGUGCACAGACCUCGGUGCAGUUUAUAAAUGGAUACAGAGCUCUCGGUCAUCUCCGCUCUGGGAGCAGCUCUCCUGCUACAGCCCCUCAUCCCCUGAAAAUGUACACCUGUGCAAAUUUCGUCUCCACCCCCUUCUUGGUCUGGAGAACCUCUCAGCUGUUGAGCCGAUCACUGUCUGCAGUGGCGCUAAAACCACGGGAGACACUGACAGAUAAGAGCCUCAGCAGCUUGGCAGCCCCACAUCCCCUGACCUCACUUAUUCCUAGCCGCAGUUUCCAAACCAGCACCAUUUCAAGGGACAUUGACACGGCAGCCAAGUUCAUUGGGGCUGGGGCUGCCACUGUAGGGGUGGCUGACUCUGGGGCUGGAAUUGGGACUGUGUUUGGGAGCUUCAUCAUUGGUUAUGCCAGGAAUUCCUCUCUGAAGCAACAGCUCUUCUCCUAAGCCAUUCUGGGCUUUGCCCUCUCGGAGGCCAUGGGGCUCUUUUGCCUGAUGAUGGCCUUUCUCAUCCUCUUUGCCAUGUGAAGGAGUCGUCUCCUCCCAUAGGUCUUUCUCCCAUGUCUUGUCUGCCCUGUAUGUUCCUUUUCCUAUACCUCCCCAGGCAGCCUGGGGAAAGUGGUUGGCUCAGGGUUUGACAGAGGAAAGACAAAUAAAUACUGUAUUAAUAAGAA